CAGGCUGCGAUGCGCGCGCUGGGCUUCGAGGUGAAGAAGGAGGAGCUCCGCAAGAUGAUCACCGACAUCGACGCAGACGGCUCCGGGCAGAUCGCCUGCGCCUCUAGAGCCAGACUUCGUUUCUCGUUCGACAGCGCUCGAGAGGACACGCACUCCGCCGUACUCUGCCGUACUCCCGCUGUGCCCCCUGUGCACUCAGGCAAGAUCUCCUUCAAGAACCUGAAGCGAGUCGCAAAGGAGCUCGGCGAAAACAUGACGGAGGAGGAGCUGCAG